AUCCAUCAGGGAGCGCCUGUACGCAGUACCAGCUGCCUCCGCCAGGGGCCGCCCUCUCAGAGCCGGUACUCACACCACGUGACCCGGACGGCCGCGGCUCAGACGCGUGUAACGGAGUCAUGUUCUUGCGAAGGUACUCGUCCCUCCUGCUCAGGCCCUGGAGCCGCCGUCUGAGCGGCCUGUGCUGCCCGCUGGCUGAGCAGCGCAGCCUCCUGCGGCUCCGGGGCCCGAACACCGCCACUUUCCUGCAAGGCCUCAUAACCAACGACGCGCAGCGGCUGAGAGAAGGCGCGGUGUACUCGCACCUGCUAAACGUGCAAGGACGCAGCCUCUUCGACGUCAUACUCUACAGGUUCCCCUCAGAACAGGCUGAGCUGAACGACGUCCUCCUGGAAUGCGACGUGUCUGCGGUGGAGCCGAUCCAGGCGCAUCUGAAGGUGUACAACUUAAGGAAGAAGAUAGACAUCCAGCCGUGUCCCGAGCUGUCCGUGUGGGCCGUGAUCUCCAGCCAGAAGAGCCAAGAUCCUCCGGCUAGGAAGCUGCCUGCCCCGGCUUUGCUCUGCGGUCCUGAUCCUAGGGUGGCCGUCAUGGGCUGGAGGCUUGUGGCCCAAAGUGGCGAAGAUGUCGCAGAAAUCGUGCCCGACGCUCAAAUGGGAAGUUAUAAGGAUUAUUGCCGGCACAGAUAUGAGCACGGUGUCCCUGAAGGUGCGAGCGACAUCCAGCCAGGGGUGGCCCUGCCGCUGGAAUCCAAUCUGGUUUACAUGAACGGAAUCAGCUUCUCCAAAGGCUGUUACCUUGGCCAGGAAUUAACAGCAAGGACUCAUCACACCGGGGUCAUCCGAAAACGACUGACGCCUGUCCGGCUUUCCUCUCCCUUACCCCGUGAGAUCCAGGGGCCGGAGAUUGUGACGGCGGCAGGGAAGGCCGCGGGCAAAUACAAAGCCGGAAUCGAAGACCUGGGAUUGGCUUUACUCAGACUGGCGCACAUCAACGAAGAACUUCUCAUAAAAGUGGACAGUCAGGGACCCGUUAGCGUGACGGCGUCUGCUCCUGAAUGGUGGCCGAAAACCAGUGAUAGUUAAAAAGGAUCACAUAUUAAUUUUCUGGCAACCCCUCCAAUUUGCGCCACUCCGUCCUCCCAAUGGUUUCAGGGUCUUCUUAGAUGGGCAUCGGCUGAGUUUUAGCCACUUGAAGACCCUCUUGUGAGGAGAAGCGUUAUUGGGUGGAUUUAUAGACCUGUAUUAAAAACCUGUAGGCUUCUCACUAUAAACCAACUCCUCGAGUGCGCGUGGCUUAGGGUUGCCGUGUCGGCCGUUCUUUCCUAGAUGCUUCUAAUUACAUGUUACCGACAAACAUCUAUUAUUCCUAGCAGCGUGAGGGAUGUAUUGAUUUUCUUCUGUCAGUAUACACGCGUGCACAUACUGCGCGGCAGUAUUAUUAGCGGCGGUCACGCAACCUGUGAAAAUUAGACGUGGCCAGGAAAACAAUAAUGACCGAUAGUGCAACCCUAUGUAUGGUUUAUAAUCCCUUCUCCAUAAUUGGAUUAUACAUCAACACCAUUCGCAUUAACGUUUCACAGUGAAAUCACCUACAGAAAAUUGAUAGCCAAGCCUUGGGGUUACACAAACAUAAAUAUUAUAUACACCAUGCUUAAAAAGUUUGAGGGUCGCUUCCUUGUUUUUGAAAGAAAAGCACAUUUUGUCCCUUAAAAUAACAUGAAAUAGAUCAUAAAUCCAGCACAGACGGGGUUAAUGUUGUAAAUGACUAUUGUAGCCGUAAACAGCGGAUUUUUAAUGGAAUUUCUUCAUAGGCGUCCAGAGUCCCUUUAUCACUCCUGUGUUCCAACGGCACGUUGUGUUCACUGAUCCAAGUUUAUGUUUAAAAGGCUAAUUGAUGGAUAGAAAACCCUUUUGUAAUUAUGUUACAGCCAGAAAUAUCCUUGUUCUCCAUGAAAACAGCUGAGUGACCCCAAACUUUUGAACCAUCUUGUAUAUACAUUACAUGAAAAUAAAGCUUCUGCUAACUUUA